AUGGACGAAGGCAGAACGAACUCGAACGGCGAAUUCCGGCUAGCCGGAUCGAAAAGAGAAAUCUCCACUAUCGACCCGAAAGUGAACGUUUAUCACAAAUGCAAUUACCGUGGAAUAUGCUACCGUAAAUUUGGCAUCACCAUUCCCGACAAUUACAUAACCAAAGGGGCAAAUCCGCAGAAGACGUACGAUAUUGGAACAAUCAAUCUUGCCAACCGUUUCACUGGUGAAACGACUGACUGUAUAAACUAA